AUGGAUAACAAGGAAACUCAGAGAGAGAAACACUUUGUGCUGGUCCAUGGGGCUUGUCAUGGAGCUUGGUGCUGGUACAGAGUGGCCACUCACCUCAAGUCCUCAGGCCACAAGGUCACUGCCUUGGAUAUGGACGCUUCGAGGAUCCAUCCAAAGCAAGCUCAAGACUUGAAUUCGAUGGUGGAAUAUGUUGAGCCUCUCUUCGAAUUCUUGGAGGGCCUUCCUGAAGAAGAGAAGCUGCUUUCAUGCCUGGUCCCGAGCUCGUUUUCACUCCAUUCAAGAGGAUUUGACUUUGGCAUCCUACUUGGUGAGGCCAUCUCGUCUGUUCCUAAUCAAGCGAAGAUGAUGGAGGAAGUAGCUGUGACGAAGGGCAAAUACGGCAUCGUCCGCCGGGUGUACAUCGUGUGCGACCAGGACCUCAUCAUAACGGAAGGCUUGCAGAGAUGGAUGGCGGAGAUGAACCCGCCAGAUGAAGUGAAAGUGAUCUCUGGGGCCGAUCACAUGGUCAUGUUCUCUAAGCCACUGGAGCUUCAUGAUGCUCUUAAAGAGAUUGCUGAACGUUAUUGCCCUUGA